AUGGUGGAAUCAGAGAGGUUAAAAUUCUUUAGGUGUAAACAACCACAGUUGAGGGUUGAUAAAUACAAAUGUCUGCAUGAAAGUCUUAUAAACGGGGAUGUAGAUGCUGCAAGGCUUGGCAAAAGAAUAAUACUUUCCAGUACAUUUACCGGUGGACCUAGAUAUGCAGGAUAUCCUAGCUAUUUUAUCACCAUGACCUGUAACCCUGAAUGGGAUGAGAUAAGAAGAGAAGUGACUUCCAUUGGAUUGAAGGCAGAAGACCGUCCUGAUAUAUUGUGUCGAAUUUUCAAGAUCAAGCUUGAUGGUUUGAUAGAUGACCUCAAAGAGGGAAAAAUCUUUGGCAAAAUUUUGGGAUACGUUUGUACUGUAGAGUUUCAAAAGAGAGGGCUUCCGCAUGCACAUAUCCUUUUAUUCAUGAGUAACGAGUUCAAGCCACAAACACCAGAUGACAUAGACAAACAUAUAACAGCUGAGAUUCCUGAUGAAAAUGAAAGGCCAAAUCUACAUAGAGCUAUUCAAAAUUACAUGGUACAUGGUCCAUGUGGUCCAUACAACAAGAAUUCACCUUGCAUGAAGAAUGGAUCCUGUUCAAAGUUCUAUCCUAAAGAGUUUAGACAGCGAACACUCAUUGAUGAGGCCGGAUUUUCCAAAUAUAGGCGUACUGAUAACGGUCGAACUGUGAAGAAAAGAGAAUGUGUACUAGACAAUAAGUUCAUUGUUCCGUAUAAUCUAGAAUUGUUGCUCAAGUUUGGGUGCCACAUAAAUGUGGAAUACACAUGCCAAACAAGUUCUAUUAAGUAUCUGUUUAAGUAUGUACACAAGGGUAAUGACCGUGUAACAGCUACUCUAUACAAUGUUGGUGAUCCGUCAGAAGCCACACAAGUUGUUGACAAAAUUAGGAAUUACUACAAUUGUAGGUAUAUUUCGGAUGAGCAACCUGUGGUUUAUGGUGAAACUUCUAAUGUGAAUGAUAUCGUCGAAAGAGCAAUAUCUCAUAGGUCCAUGUUUUUGGGAUGGAUGGCAGCGAACAUGUCAUAUCCUUAUGCUCGAAGUCUGACUUAUGCUGAGUUUCCAACCAAGUUUAUUUGGAAGGACGAUUCUUCAAAGUGGUUUCCUCGAAAGAAAGGCUUCGCAAUUGGAAGGUUGACUCAUGUACCUGCAGCAAAUACCGAAGAAUAUUACCAACGACUUCUCUUGAAUACUCAAAGAGGAUGUACGGGUUUUCGAGAUAUAAGAACAGUUGGAGGAACAAUUUAUGCUACGUAUAGAGAUGCAUGCUUCGCCCUUGGACUCUUGCAAGAUGACAAAGAAUUUAUUGAUGCAAUUAAGGAAGCAAGCUCAUGGGCCUCAGGAUCAUAUGUUAGGAGGUUAUUUGUAAUUCUAUUAACAUCCAACAAUAUCUCAAGACCAGAACAUGUUUGGGAUAGAUGUUGGCAUGAACUCUCAGAUGAUAUUUUGUAUCGACAGAGAGCCAUGAUGAACAUGAGCGAGUUAACAAUGUCAGAUGAUGAGAUUAAGCAGUUGUGCUUAAUGGAUAUAGUCAAGAUCUUACAUUCCUAUGGUAAGAUCUUGAAAGACUAUCCUCCUAUGCCUUUAGCAACUGAAGUUGAUAAUUCUUUGUUAACCGAAAGGGUUAUAAGGGAAGAGCUAAACUUUAACAGGGAUGAUUUAAAGAAAAGUGCCUCAGAUAUGGGUUUUUUCUUUGUGUAUGGUCAUGGAGGUACUGGAAAAACAUUUCUCUGGAACCUUAUGUCUGCUGAGAUUCGCUCAAGGGGUGAUAUAGUGUUAAACGUUGCUUCGAGUGGUAUUGCAUCUUUACUUCUUCCCAAUGGAAGAACGGCACACUCAAGGUUCAAAAUACUGCUAAAUAUAACUGAGGAUUCUGUAUGUAACAUCAAACCUGGUUCUCCUCAAGCAAUGUUACUGUUGAAAGCCAAACUUAUAAUUUGGGAUGAGGCCCCAAUGGUUAGUAGGUACUGCUAUGAAGCGCUUGACAAAUGCUUGGGUGACAUCAUGAGGUGUUCUCCAACAUAUAGCAAAGAUUUGCCCUUUGGAGGAAAAGUGGUUGUACUAGGUGGAGACUUUAGACAAAUUCUUCCUGUCAUUCCACGAGGAUCGAGACAAGAUAUCGUUCAUUCAACCGUGAAUUCGUCUUACCUUUGGAAGUUUUGCCAGGUGCUCAAACUAACAAAAAACAUGAGACUCUCUGUAGGGAUGACUGCUUCAGAUCAAGAUCAGACAGAGCAAUUUGGUGAGUGGUUAUUGAAAGUUGGUGAUGGUCUAAUAGGUGACAAUAUGGAUGGUGAAUCUGAGAUAUGUCUUCCAGGAGAUAUUGUUAUUCCUUCUUCGGACCAGGCAUUUGAUGAGUUAGUUCAUUUUUCUUAUCCAAAUAUUCUGGAAAACAUGUCCUCAAAGGAUUUUUUCAAAGCAAGAACUAUACUGGCUCCCACACUAGACAUCGUUGAAGAGGUCAACAACCAUCUGAUGGCUAUCAUUCCUGGAGGAGAAAAAUUAUAUCUUAGUUCGGAUUCCAUAUGUAUGGAUGAAGGGAAUAUGGAGAGUCAACUAAAUCUCUAUGGUCCUGAAUUACUGAAUAGCAUAAAUUGCUCUGGUUUGCCUCCACAUAAAUUAAUACUCAAGAUUGGUGUUCCGGUGAUGUUACUGAGGAAUAUUGACCAAUCCAGUGGUCUUUGUAAUGGU